AUGUUUUCGCCAGGGUACAGUCGGCCAAAAGCGGAUAUCGAGCAGAGCCUAUUUGAUGUGCGUACUAUAUACGAGCACGGCAAAGUAUUUGCUAAUUUUUCGCGUUACUUGGUUUCCAAUGAUGGCAGUGAUAUAUCCAUUGACCAGUGUGUCUAUUUCUUAUAUCCGAUCAGUGGUGGAAAGCUUGAUACCGAAACAAAAGAAAUUCGCAAGCAUGCUGAAUCGCCAAUUCCAUCUAGCAAGAAGAUUUGCCCAAUAUCUUGCGCACAUGCUGCUGCUACUGCCAAAAAAGUACCGCAGAAUGAACUUCUUCUCAAAGCGUCUAUUUUGCCAGAGGAAUCGAUUGUUCCACAAAGCAUGGCAUAUGAUGUCGUGCUACGCAUUCUGAAUCGAGACUGGAAUCCGCUUCUUGCAAGCCGAAACACGAAGGAGUUCCAACAGAUGGCUGCUGAAGUUAUCAGCGCGGAAAAAAAAGCAACCUCUACAAUUUUACAGGUGAAUGCAAUGAUUAAAGCGAAAUUUCCACUGACGCGAGUUAUUGAAAUCAAAAAAUUCAGCAAGGGCAGCGUGCUCGCCUUCUUGACUUUACUAUCUGAAGACAGUGCUCCACCGACAGAAAGUGAUGUGAAAGACUUCUUGAAUGAGCAAGGAAUGCUCCGCGCACCGGAAUCGUUACAUUUGCAAGCCACAGCAGUCACGUUCAGGCAAGCAGAGAAAGUAUUGUCGAUGAAGGCCGAUCAGAUUCGAAACUGGAUCAUUUUCGGUGUCGGUGCCUCUUUACUACUCAUCGCAACGUUUCUUGUUUGUUGCACCAUCAGUCGCUCGCGCAAAGCACGGUGCAACCGCUUUAGCAGUUAUCAGUCGAAUUAUCCGGUGAAUGGAUAUGGAUACAACGUAAAUCGUAAGUGCCAAUCGCAAAUGCUAUUCACUCAAACAUCUUGCUAG